GCAGCUUUGGCUCCGCCCGCGCCGUUGGACCUCUUCACCCGGACGUGUCUGAGUAGAGGAUUCGGUUUGAGUUGACACCCGGACUGGACGCAACUUCAAAACCUUCGGCGCGUUUGUGUGACUUUUUCUGACUUUCUGACGUUUGAGGAGUUACGUGUCAUUCAACGCGGCCGUCGGUUUUUGAUUGUCGGAGCGGCCGCAGUUUGUCCGUGUGACUUUGCCUGAAGGAAGACGAACUUUUCCAGCUGUUUCUUCGGAAUCAUGGCCUGUGAGUCGCCCGAGGACCGUCACCGACGAAUGUCCUGUGAAGGAGACGCUCUGUCAGAUGAGCGGAUCGGGGAAGCUCUGAUCCAAGAGGUCAUAGAGGAGGAGCUGAAGGAGGUUCGCUCCGAGGACGUCCCCCCUUUCACCCCCGUGGCUGUAAACAGACAGAGCGACCAGGAACAGAAGAUGGUCAACCAGCUCGCCACCAUGGUUCGCAUCAUCGGAGACAAAAUGCACUCGGACCGGGCCUUCCAGGAUGCAAUCGACGGGAUGGUCCAGAUCUCGGACUCCAAGUGGGACCGGUUCCGGCAGGUGGCAGACAAAGUGUUUGAGCAUGGGAUCACGUGGGAGAGGAUCGCCGUGCUCAUCUACGUCGCCGGCAGGCUGGCCGUCAAAAUGGUCAGGGCUCAUCUCCCUCAGUCGGUGAGGGACGUCCUGCGGUGGACGGUGGACUACUUCAAAAACCACCUCCUCAACUGGGUGCAGAGUAACGGAGGAUGGAUCAGCAGCUUCUCGGUGCUGGCCGCCGUGUCCAUGCAGCGCGUGUCCUCCAUUAGCAGCUACGGCCUGGUGCUGGUGUUCGUCGCCGGCGUGGGUCUGGGCAGCAUCGUCACCUGGAGGAUGACCAGAUGAGACGCGUUUGGAUGCUAGCAGACAUGAGUGCAGUGUUUACCAGAGAGAGGCCUCCUCUCCUAUUUUAUUCAUUUAUCUGUGGAAAAACUUGAAAGAAACAGAAUUGUUAGUCCUUCAUUUCUUGUUUAUGAACUACGUUUCUUUUUACCAACCUUCUCUCUGACGAACAGCUGAAUUUAAACUGAAUGAAAGGCGUUUAUGGUCGUAAGCUGACAUGUUUACGCUGAUAUUUGAAAGUCCGAAUGUUUCCUCGUCUGGUCCUUUUUAUAAUAACAUAUGUCUCUACCAUUACUCAUCAGGUAAUUGGUCAGUAUUGGGUCUGCACUGGUUCUGUAUUGUACCUAACUGGGAAUAAAAGAUUUGAGUUUCUCA